AUGUCUACCGCAGAAAACGAGAAAUCCACUGCGGCAGUUGUUAAUAUCUGGUCACGUUUUCGUAAGAGUCUCAAGAAAGAAGAAAAUGAAGCAUCUAACGAACAAGAUGAUAAGAAUUCCGUUUUAUCGGCAGUCGAACGGCAAACUGAAAAUUCAAGAAAAGGCGGUACUAUUUGGGAAGCUGUGCGCAAAGCUGACGAAGAAGCAUUUAAACGUCUUGUCACAUUGGAUCCGCAAAAUGUCAAUGCGCGCGGACCUGUCGGCGAAUGUCCCGCUCAUAUGUUGUUUUUGUAUGGAACUGACACUCAUUUGAACAUGGCUCGAUAUUUGAUCAAAAACUUUCCUUACACAAUAACUCAAAUCUACAAUCAAGCUGAAUACUAUGGCGAAGUUGUUCUUCAUAUUGCGAUUAUUAAACGAAACCCGACUAUGGUUGAGUGGUUAUUAGGUGAGGACCAUAAUGUCGCAUACCAAGAACAACAAUUAACGGCCGCUGCGAGUGGAAACUUUUUUAAAGUAGGGCGACCAUGUUAUUACGGUGAGACGCCAUUGGCAUUUGCUUGUUGCACAAACCAAUGGAAUAUCGUGGAAAUUUUAUUGAAAUAUGGUGCUUCGAUGGAUGCAGUUGAUUCUAAUGGAAAUACUGUCCUACAUUUAUUGGUCAUUCACAAUCUGCCAAAAAUGUACACGAAGUUCAAGGAACGUUGGAUAGCCGAACAAGAACCAGAUAAUUCCGAUGAUGAAGAAGAUGAACUUUAUCAAAUUGAAAAGAAACGCAUUGUUCCAAUAUGGAAACGUCUGAAUAAAGAUGGCUUUACACCGUUGACACUAGCAGCAAAAUUAGGUCAAGCCGAAAUGUUCUCAUUUUUACUUGAAGAACGUAAGAUUGUCCAAUGGAGCUUUGGCCCAGUCGCAUGUGUACUUUAUCCACUCGAUCAAGUUGAUUUAGAAUUUCGAGAAGAUGAACUUGAAAGUACGGCGGGCGCGUUGGAAAUCAUCGUGCAAAAUGCACAUGUCGAAUUGAUUAUGCAUCCUAGGAUGAUCGAUUUAGUGAAUAAAAAAUGGGAACGUUUUGCCAGAACAAUCUUCUUCAACCGAUUUCUAGUUACAUUUUCGUACUUAAUGGUCUUUCUCGUUACGACUAUUCUCGAUCAAACACGAAUCGAAACGAUUGAAGGUGACGGCGAUGACGCUGUGGUCACAAAUAUAGAACCUCCAGGAAUGAUUAUACAAGUCAUCUGUGCGUUUGGUCGUCUAUUUGUUUUGGCUGGGGCGAUAUGGAAAGGACGAAACGAAAUAAAAGAAAUGACUAGUUUAGGUGUGAAGAAAUACUUUCAAACAACGGGUUCUGGUCUUUUGGAAAACUGUCUUUCACUAUUAUUUUGUUUGUGUAUAUACAUCGUGAAUAUUCUACGAAUGUUUGGUAUGCGAGCAGAAACAGCUGCUUUGGCAUUUGCAUCAAUUAUUGGCUGGGGUUAUAUGCUUUUCUUCGUCAUGGCAUUCCGUUUAACUGGACCGUUCGUUGUGAUGAUCUACGAGAUGUUAUUCAAUGAUGUUCUACGUUUUUGCGUUAUCUACGUCGUGUUUCUGGCAGGAUUUUCACAAACAUUCUUUGUGCUAUUCGAACAAAAUGGUUUUGGCGGUUUUCUUGUCAGUGUGAAACAAUGUUUUCUAGGCAUGUUAGGAGAUUUUGAUCUUGACGCUUACACGGAAACAUCAUAUCGAUAUAUCAGUGUAAGCUUAUUGAUCUUCUAUAUCAUUGUCGUCACAAUUUUAUUACUGAACUUACUUGUCGCUAUGAUGGGUGAUACAUACGGAAAUAUCAUCGAAGGUGCAACACAAGUCUGGCAUUUGGAACGAGCACGAAUUGUUUUUGCUAUCGAAAACGAAAUGUCCAAUGAGGACCGGAACUUACCAUCGAAUAAAUACUGGACAAAUAUUGAUGGUGAACGUUAUUUACAAGUCGAGGAAGUGGAUGACAAAGCUUUUCUUGGAGAUGGUGAUGGAGAAGGCGGAGAAGAAGAACAAAAGAAAGAAGAAUCAGACUAG